AUGCCUCCUAAUUACGCCGCCGCGAGAGGCCGGGAGAGCGCAAGAACCAUGAUCCUUGCGCUGUUCGCCGCGUCGGUCCUUUGGGCGCGGCCGGCGGCGGCGGCGACGACGGCGAUGCAGCCGAACGCGACAUGCCUGCGGCGGUGCGGCGACAUCGACAUCCCGUACCCGUUCGGCGUCGGCCCCGGGUGCCACCUCGAGACGGGGGACUGGACGUUCAGGCUCACCUGCAACCGCAGCGAGGACGGGCGGCUCCGGCUGUACAACUACAAGAUCGAGGUGAUGGACAUGUCGGUGCGCCUGGGGCAGCUGCGCAUCUACAACAUCAUCAACCCAUGGUGCUACAACGCCACGACGCGGGCGAUGAACGAGCAGCACAACUGGUGGUACAACAUGUCCAUCACCAACUUCCGCAUCAACGACGCGCAGAACCGGUUCACCGUCAUCGGCUGCAACUCGCUGGCCUACAUCCGGUCGCUCAACGACAGCGCCGACACGUACAUGACCGGGUGCAUGGCCAUGUGCCCCGGGGUGAGCCGCAUGGAGAACGGCUCCUGCGCCGGCGUCGGGUGCUGCCAGACCGCCAUCCCCGGCGACCUCAACGCGUACCGGGUCUCAUACGAGGACAAGUUCAACACCUCCGGGAUCGCCAGCUUCAGCCCCUGCAGCUACGCCGUGCUCCUGGAGGCCGCUGCCUUCGACUUCCGCACCACGUACGUCACCACCGACGCGUUCAUGGCGGACAACGACGGCAAGGUGCCGCUCGUGCUCGACUGGGCCAUCGGGAACAAGACGUGCGAAGAGGCCAAGCUGAACGCGUCGGCGUACGCGUGCGUCAGUAGCAACAGCGAGUGCAUCGACUCCAAGUACGGCAAGGGCCGGGGCUACCUCUGCAACUGCUCCGCUGGAUACGACGGCAACCCCUACCUGCUCAACGGCCCUACCUGCUCAACGGCUGCCAAGGUGCUCUUCCUCAAUCCUCCUACCUGCCAUGAUAUUAACGAGUGCGAAGAUGGAAGAUUCAGCUACCCGUGCUCUGUUCCUGGUACCUGCAUCAACACUAUUGGGUCAUUCUACUGCGCAUGUCCUGACAAGACGACGGGCAACGCCUACAAUGGAACGUGCGAGGACAAGAAAACCCAAAUCGGGUGGCAGAUCGCCAUUGGUGUUACUAGUGGCGUUGUCGCACUGAUCGUCACGGCGACCUGCCUCUACAUGAUCCACGAGAAGAGGCGGUUCGCCAAGAUCAAAAGCGAGUACUUCAAGCAGCACGGCGGCCUCCUGCUGUUCGAGGAGAUGAAGUCGAGGCAGGGCCUGUCCUUCACGCUCUUCACCCAGGAGGAGCUCGAGGUGGCGACCAACAAGUUCGACGAGCGCAACGUGAUCGGCAAGGGCGGCAACGGCACCGUGUACCGCGGCACCGCCAAGGACGGCACGACCGUGGCGAUCAAGAAGUGCCGGCUGUCCAACGAGCGGCAGAAGAAGGAGUUCGGCAAGGAGAUGCUCAUCCUGUCGCAGAUCAACCACCGGAACAUCGUCAAGCUCUACGGCUGCUGCCUCGAGGUGGAGGUCCCGAUGCUGGUGUACAAGUACAUCCCCAACGGCACCCUGUACCGGCUCAUCCAUGGCGGGCGUGACCGUGACCGCGGCGUGCCACGCAUCCCGUUGGCGCUCCGCCUCAGGAUCGCUCACCAGGCCGCCGAGGCGCUCGCGCGCUCAACCCUAGAGGAGCUCGAGGAGGAGAAGUACCUCUCGUCGCAGUUCCUCCUGGUUCUUGGCGAGGACCGCCUUGAGGAGAUACUGGACGAGCAGGUGAAGGGCGAGCAGAGCUUCGAGCUGCUCGAGCAGGUCGCGGAGCUGGCGAAGCAAUGCCUGGAGAUGACCGGCGACAAGAGGCCGUCGAUGAGGCAGGUCGCGGAAGAGCUAGACAGGCUGAGUAGGUGGUCCCAGCAUCCUGGGGUCGCCAGAACUCCGAGGAGAUUCUGGCAUUGCUUGGUGGAUCGCCGAGCACGGCCUCAGAAAUAG